AGAAGCUUUCUGAAACUACUUCAUUAUUAUAUUUCUUUGUCUGACUGGUUGCUGUUCAAACGUUUCAUUUCCUCCUUCAACCCGCCCCGAAGGUCUCGCCCUCUGAAGUUCUGCAAAGUGUUUUUCCUGUUAAAAGAGGAGAGAUGGGGUGAUAUAAAGACAGCCCAUUGUGGGGCAUCAUUUAAAACCUCAGCAGCUCAGUGACAUCCCACCUUCACAGAAUGUAUCUGUUUUCACUUAUUCUUUGGGUUGUGCUUCUUCCUGAAGCCUCUGCCCUGAAAUGUCGCAAAUGUUCAGCGGAUGGCUCCUGUGGAACACAAGAAUGUAUUGCAGGUUUACAGCAGUGUACUGCUGUGCGGUUUACUGCCUCCACAGGUGACAAUAAACUUGCUGACAUGAGCGUGAGCGGCUGUGGUUCACCCAAACAGUGUUUGCAGGGUUCAGUUAACUAUGGACUUUACAGAACUGCUUUGACCACCAAAUGCUGCUCCACCGACCUCUGCAAUGAUCAACCUGAACCUGAACCCAGCCGCUCGGAUCCAAAUGGCAAAAAAUGUUUCACUUGUGAUGGACAACAGUGCAAUGGGACAAUGAACUGCUUGGGGGACGAGGACCACUGCAUCUCAGCAACAGCAAAGUUAGAAGGGAAGGAGAUAACCGUGAAGGGCUGUGCCUCCCAGGACAUGUGCUCUGACAUAAAUUUCCCAGGAUUGGCAGAUGCAAUUGGACGAGACAUGAAAUGUUGUCAAGGUGACUUCUGCAACAGUGCCAGUAGCACAAGUGCUGCCCUGCUGCUGUUGGUGGUACCGCUGAUCUCUUUGGUUUUGUUUUCUUAGGAAAUGAAACCAGUUUUGUUCUUGUCACUUCUGGAUAUAAUCUUUUGUUUAAUCUCUAAAAUGAUGCUUAAGAAGGCAGAAGUUGAAGUGAGUGGAGGGAGAAUGUAAUUUCUUGUCAUAAUUAUAUUAUUGAUUUCAAUUUUAAGAAUUUUAUUUCAUUUGAUUUGAUUUUACUGCAAGACACAUUUCAUUUGCUAUGCUUAUUUUGCAUGUUAGGGGAGAUCUGGGAGAUU